ACUCGGCUGUUUUCGCUGAUGCGGGCAGCUUGGGGGCCGCCGCCGCUAGAGAGACGCUUUCCUUUUUAAUUUUUUUUCCAUGUGUUCACUUCCGGGUCCGCCGUCGAUCCGGAUGCCCGAGGCAGAAGGAUGUUUGACCUCCGGAUAAGCGAGGCGCUGCCGUGCAUUCAUUCCCGGCUGCAUCGGUGGCGACAGCAGAGGCUCGGGCGGCGACUCUCCGGCCAGCGGUGGCGGUAGGAGGCACCAGCGGCAGUGCAGGGACCGAAUCCGAGCAGCGCUGCGUUACCUCUCUCUCUCGCUCCUUCCCCCCUACCUCGCUCGCUCGCUCCCUGCGUGGCUCGCUUUCCUCCUCCGGCCGCCGGCGGGUGUGAUGUGCCGCCGCCGCUGCCCCCGCCGGCGCUGACGGACUGGGGGGCGCCGCCCGCGCCCGGGACCGACCCCGCUGCUCGCGGCCGCACCCCUGAGCUCUCUAUCAAUAUCAGCUCACAUCAUUGAAAAGAUAAUUUUGAAGACAUGUUUUGCUGAAAAAGACACCAAGAAAAAUUUUACGAAUGGGAUGAACAUGCUCCAGUUAAUUGACUACCUACUGCAAUUUGAAUGUUAACAUUACCCAUCUGGAACAGUUACCUAGUGAUGUACCUAUUUUCACAAUACCCUGUUUCAGUGUGCUUGUCUUGAUUAAAGAAUUCAAAGUGGAGUACCGCAAACUUGAUAUGGAAAAUAAAAAGAAAGACAAGGACAAAUCAGAUGAUAGAAUGGCACGACCUAGUGGUCGAUCGGGACACAACACUCGAGGAACUGGGUCUUCAUCGUCUGGAGUUUUAAUGGUUGGACCUAACUUUAGAGUUGGAAAAAAAAUUGGAUGUGGCAAUUUUGGAGAAUUACGAUUAGGGAAAAAUUUGUACACAAAUGAAUAUGUGGCAAUUAAGUUGGAGCCCAUGAAAUCAAGAGCACCACAGCUACAUUUGGAAUACAGAUUCUAUAAGCAGUUAGGAUCUGGAGAUGGUAUACCUCAAGUUUACUAUUUCGGCCCUUGUGGUAAAUACAAUGCCAUGGUGCUGGAACUGCUGGGACCUAGUUUGGAAGACUUGUUUGACUUGUGUGACAGAACAUUUUCUCUUAAAACAGUUCUCAUGAUAGCUAUACAACUGAUUUCUCGCAUGGAAUAUGUCCAUUCAAAGAACUUGAUAUACAGAGAUGUAAAACCUGAGAACUUCUUAAUAGGACGACCAGGAAACAAAACCCAGCAAGUUAUUCACAUUAUAGAUUUUGGUUUGGCAAAGGAAUAUAUUGAUCCGGAGACAAAGAAACACAUACCAUACAGAGAACACAAGAGCCUUACAGGAACAGCUAGAUAUAUGAGCAUAAACACACAUUUAGGAAAAGAACAAAGUAGAAGAGAUGAUUUAGAAGCUUUAGGUCAUAUGUUCAUGUAUUUUCUGAGAGGCAGUCUUCCUUGGCAAGGCUUAAAGGCUGACACAUUAAAGGAGAGGUAUCAGAAAAUUGGAGAUACAAAACGGGCUACACCAAUAGAAGUGUUAUGUGAAAAUUUUCCAGAAGAAAUGGCAACAUAUCUUCGUUAUGUAAGAAGGCUAGAUUUUUUUGAAAAACCAGACUAUGACUACUUAAGAAAGCUUUUUACUGACUUGUUUGAUCGAAAAGGAUAUAUGUUUGAUUAUGAAUAUGACUGGAUUGGUAAACAGUUGCCUACUCCAGUGGGUGCAGUUCAGCAAGAUCCUGCUCUGUCAUCAAACAGAGAAGCACAUCAACACAGAGAUAAGAUGCAACAAUCCAAAAACCAGUCGGCAGACCACAGGGCAGCUUGGGACUCCCAGCAGGCAAAUCCCCACCAUUUGAGAGCUCACCUUGCAGCAGACAGACAUGGUGGCUCGGUACAGGUUGUAAGUUCUACAAAUGGAGAGUUAAACACAGAUGACCCCACUGCAGGACGUUCAAAUGCACCCAUCACAGCCCCUACUGAAGUAGAAGUGAUGGAUGAAACCAACUGCCAGAAAGUGUUGAACAUGUGGUGCUGCUGUUUUUUCAAACGAAGGAAAAGGAAAACCAUACAGCGCCACAAAUGACUCUGGACACAGACAGAUCCUGGGGAGUUACUUACAUGUUCAUCUGCUGUCUUGUGAUUAAAAUCAUCUCUGUAGUGACCACAUAUAUUUUCAAGGACUCACUCUUAGAAACAAAAAUGUCAUACUUUCAUACUUCAUUUUGUGGUUGUCUUACAUUCUUUUUUCUUUUUUCUAAUUUGACUUUUAUGGAAGCUUUAAAGUUUUGUCAAAACAUGAGUGCUUUGCCCAUCAGUGAAUGGAAUAGACCAAUGAGGUGGUAUUGAUGAGUAUAGUUCUAUAGAACAUUUUCCAGAAGUUCUUCUGUUGUAGAAAGCAGUACAGUAUCUUAAGUGUCAACCAGUUAAAUACCUAAUCUGGUUUUUUAUAACUUCUGUAAGAGCAUAAUCAAACAGGAAUUUUCUUCUCUCAGUGGAUAAUACAACAGAGAAAACAGAGUUGCCCAAAUAUUUAAAAGAAGUCAUUCCUUGAGAAGUUCAUAUUUUGUGACAUCUGCAUUGAUUUCAGUAUUACUGAUGGUACUGUUAUUCAUAAGUCAUAUUAACAUUCUCUCUGUGAAAUCAUGGUACAGUCACUGCCCAGAGGUACUGAGGAAAAAGCAAUAUGGGUUCGGCAGAUGGUGGUGGUAAAAUGAAUCUUAAGGAGUGUGGUAAAUAUGUGCUCCGCUUUUGUUGCAUCACUAUGUGAAGUACUGUUUGCAGAAGUGGCAAAAGCGCUUAUUUUUAAAAAUGCAAAAUAUUUGUACAGUGUAACUUUAUGCUUCCAACUAAUAAUGUAUGUUAGACAGCAAGAAAUGAAUACUUUAAAAAGUGAUAUAUGUUGGAGUUAUAAAGAAAUACACUAAGGAGAGGUAGUAAAUGUGAACCUUGUUGCAAUGUAUAAGGUGGAAGCCUAAAGAAAUCUCACUGAAACUUACUGCUGAAUGAUUACAGUCUCCCUUAAGCAGAAAACUUUGGAUGUGCCAUGCAAUGGUGUCUGUGUAAUUAUUUUGCUCUUUGAUAAAAAAAAGACCCCCAGCAAUAAAAAGUGGGUCACUCUAUGCCCUCUGUGCACAUUAGUCUCUUGUAUUCAACUUUGCUGAUUCUCUGGAAUUUUCCUACUCUUUAGCAUAAUUUUGAUGAUUGAAAAAUAUUUUGGAAAGGAUGGGUCAGGUGCUUUGCCUCCAUAGUCUUUUGAAGUGCCUGCAUAUGAACAAAAAAAAAAAAAAAAAAAAAAAUUCUGUAAAAGAAGCCCAUUCCACUUUUCAAGUAUGCUUUGUUUUAAGCCAUAAAGACACACAUCUAGUUUUGUCACAUUCUACUAGCCAGAAUUUUGAAGAAGGGUUAAAACAAAGACUGGCUAGAAAGAUAAUUAUUUUGAACAAAUCUCAUAUUUAUCUUUCAUUUAUAAAAUUGUUACUUAUUCCUUCCAUGCAGUCUCUUCGUUGUCUUUAAGUGUGUGCCUCCAGGCAUGCUUAUUUAUUUUUAUUGUCUCAAGGUAACAUUUAAGAUGUAUAUUAAAGUAAAUCUACAUUUUUUUACUUCAUUAUUGCAUUUACAGGGAUUUAAUUGUACUUCGUAAUUUAUUUUUCUUAUUAGCCAAAAAUUUAAUGCGUUUUUUUUUUUUUUGAUGAAUUAGGCACCCACAUGAACACCACAAAUCAGGACAUUGUUUAUCAUUGUUGCUAUGAAUCCUAUGAAUGAUCUUUUUUUUUUUAUUUUAAAGACCUACACUUAACCUACAAAACAUUUGCUGUAUAAUUUGGUCAACAGUUUCUAUCUAUCUGUAUACCGUCAUGAUGUCUUAAAUUGCAGGAGUUACAUACUGAGUUUAUAUUUUUAUUUGCUUUGAGCAAGGUAGAUGAACGUUUUGGCCAUUAUAAUGUGAAACCACUUCUUCUUUCUUUACAGUAUUUGACCAAAUUUGUGUGUCUAUGAUAUUUGUAAAUACAUGCGAAUAUCUGUAUUUCUUAUCAUAAACCUAUUUAGUUUUAUUCUCAGUAGGGUUUUUUGGAUUGUACAGUGUUUAUAUGAUCUGAACUCCUUAUACAUAAGAAGGUGUGUAUAUUAAUCCAAUUAUGGACUUAAAAUAUUUUAAAAGUAUAAAUACCCUUAUUUGCUGCAAAGACCAGUGUGUAGGCAUUUGCUUUUUAGCAAUAUUUUUAAGUGCUCCAUUUUAAUGCCAAGGAAUAAGUCUUUUGGCAACAAAAACUGGUCAAUAAUAGGUAAUGCAGGUAUGUUCAGGUUAAGCCAACAAUGUUUUGCAUUUUUAUGCUUAUUUUCUGUCAACACUAAUGAAGUCAACAUUGCCUGAAUGUCUGAAUAAUGAAACACAUCCCUGUUUAAAAGUAUGUAACUGAAAAAGAAAUAAAAAAAAUAAAAGUAGUUUUUUUAAA